CACCAACCGAAAAGUAUUUCCCAUCCCUCCAUCCCUCACCACUCACAAUCCUCCAUCCACCACCCACAGCCAACGUCCUCGCAGCCUCAUCAACGCCAACGCCACCCUCCUCCCGCUCCGCAAUGCUCCUCCUGCGGCCAUUAUCCCGCAUCCCCUCCCUCUUCCGGCCCUUCUCAUCCUCUGCCUCCACCAUGGCUGCCCAGCCGCGAUUCUCCGCCGGCACCGACGCCGCGAGCCUCAUGCCAGCGCUGACGCCCCUGUUGGUCUCCGAGGGUGGCCGGUGGGCGCUCACCAACGAAGGCGCCGCGCUAGAGCGCAGGUUCCGGUUUAAGACGUUCGCAAAGACUUGGGACUUCAUGACCGGUGUCUCUUUACAGUGCAAGAUCAAGAACCAUCAUCCUGAAUGGUCCAACGUCUACAACACGACAUUCAUCCGCUGGACAACCCACAACCCAGCCGGCCUCUCUGAGAAGGACGUCGUCAUGGCCGCCGCGUGUGACACGCUGGCCGCCGAGCUGGGCGAGUUAGCCCCAGAGCCCGAGGCCGAUCAGAGCUGCAGUAUCAAGGGUCUGGCUGAUCAGGCCGCCAUUGCGGCAGGGGAUUGUUGCACGCCCAAGAAGAAGUGAGGGGUGAGGGUAACAACGGCUGUAGGAGUACCAAAAAAAAGUAACCCAGCUGUUUUUGCCUAUGAGGAUCCGGUUGUAAGAUAUUUAUCGUCAAAGUAUAUCCGGUCGAAUAUCCGUAUGUUCAUCUUGUCACUUAAAUUGGCACUUGAUGGUUGCUUUAAUCAAAACG